UUUUGUUUUUGCUUGACACUCUGGGCACACAGCUUCCUUUCCUCCCCUGCUCCUAUCCUAGCUCUUCCUCGACGAUUGUGUCGAAUAUCUCACGGUGCGGGUGUACCGUGAUGCUGUGACAAGCAGCACCCGAGGAAUCUUGUCAAUCCCCACCUUGCCUCUGCGCGAGAUAGCCUCCAUUACCAACAACCCUGUAGAGGUCUCUGGAACGAUGUCGCGGUUACAUCCCUAAGACGCCCACAAUUGACAGCGCCGCCCCCUCGAUACCAUCAGCACUAGCUCCGACACCCACCACGAACACACCAGGUCUCAGCUGGAGGGCCUCUUGGAGGUUGUCCCUCCUUCCCCCCUCUCCGGACCUUCUCCGAAGGCGAACGAGUCUGGGUCGCUACCCCGCCAAGAUGCUGCUGUUUCGGCCGUUACCGUUGCUGCCGAUUUGAGAGUCGCGUCACUAGAACGACCACGAGAUCCUGCUUCGGACGAAGUCGCCCCUGCGGACUCAGUUCCGGCCGGGGGGCACGCGAGUGGCGGUGACGACGAGAAGUUGGGGGGCGAGGGAGGUGGUGGGGAUCUAAACGAGAUCAGAAGGCGAUGUUCCAUGCUGGAGGUUUCAUUGAGAGCCUCGCGAAGGGAGGCGUUGGAAGUGAGGCGAUCGAGGGACUCGGCCGAAACCACCGUGCGGCAGCAGAGGGGGGCUCUCGCAAAGUUACAGGAGCGAGUUUCUGCUCUGGAGGCGUCCCUGGCGAAGGAGCAGGAAGCUGGCAAGGGGGCGUCACAAGCCGCGAGCGGCCUGGAAGCCGAGCUAGAGCUGCGACUCGGCCAGCUGCGCAAGGCGGAGGCCGAUCUCUCCGACCAGGCGGACGCUAACUCUCGCCUCACGGAGGAGCUGCGGGAGGCGUUGGCCCGCCUCGGCACCGCCUCCACCGCCCGCGCCGCCCUGGUCGACUUCUGCCGGCAGGAGCGCGAGUCGGUCGAGUUGCUCGCGGCCGAGCGGGUCGCCGUCGCCGAGGAGAGCGCGGGCAUGCGAGGGGAGGAAGGCCUCGCCAGGGGCCUGGAGCUAGCGAGGAUGGCGGAAGAGUUGGGGGACAAGAGGGCAGCGGGGCUGGAGCUGGAGGUGGACCGGCUCGGGAAGGCCCUGUUCGCCUCUCGAGCCGAGCUCGCCGGGAGCGAGGCGCGGGUGCAGGGCUUGCGGAGAGAGCUCGAUCGGGCGGCCGAGACCAUUGUUGGCCUCAGCAGGAGCGCCAUCGCCUCCUCCUCCAUCGCUGUAGGGGAAGGGGCGGCCGUUCGCUCUCCGCAGGGGGCGGGGGGGGCGGCAGAUGCGGCGGGGACGGAAGGAAGGGGGGGUGGCACCAGGAUUGGCAGUCGGGGAGAUUCUUCGGGUUCCCUAGGGGAAGCACAGCCGUCGUUGUUGAUGCGAACUCCGGAAGGGUCAGCAAGCUUCAAGGUCAUCGAGGACUGCGGCAGCGGAGGAGGCGUGGGGGUUGGGGUGCCCGCCGGAGUCGGAGGCGGAGGUUCUGUUCGCAGCCGCUCCCCACCGCCCGGGGCAUUUUCGGCGGCGGGAAGGCCAGCGCCCAAAGCACCAGAGUCCACCACGUCGGUGGGGUUGCUGGAUAGCCGAGACGUUUCUAGCGCGAUCGCGGCGGCUGCGGCGGCGACGAGAGAAGCGGUCGGUGGUUCAGGGCCUGGAGAGACAGGAAGACAUAAAAUCCGGAACCGAUCGCCCCGGUAUGGGGGGCAGCAGAAACAGCAGCAGCAGACGGAGAUAGAUGUGGAAUUGUAGUGGAGGGUGACGGCUGUUCCAGAGUUUUGCGGUGUUGUUCCUUUGGCUCGUGUGUUUUGGUCAACCGUCCUGCGGCGAGAUUUGCGACAUGGCCUGCUCUUCAAGCAAGCAGCUUGUCGGGCUUGAGUGCUUUUGGCUCCGUCUUCCCGAUUCCCAGGAGCCCCAUGCCACUUACAGCAGUACGUGAAUAAACCCGGAUGAGGCUUUAUUGGCCAUUAUCCCGACCCGUUGGGGCUGUCAGUGAAUUCAUCACAGUAGUCGAAAGGUUCUGCUGCGCAUUGGUCUGCUGGGCUCCACGUGUUCAAACCUAAACCCAGAUCUCCCGGUGAUCUAUUUCGCCUUGUCACAUGGGGGACUCCUGCUGUGUGUCAAAGGGCGUAGCAGAACAAACAUCGAAUAGAGCUAUUACGCCAGCGAACUGCUUCCUCGGAACCAAUUUUUUCUACACGGGCUGCCGAUGAACUUCCCAUGUUUCGCCGGGUUCACUUGGCUGGUUGCCACGAACGAUGCACGUGACACUACAAUCCGAGAUGCGCCCCCACGACGGUUGAUGGCCAUGCGCGAUGAAAAAUGUACACGUGCGCGUCGCUCUGACGGGUGCUGUCGACAGCUGCAUUUGAGUCUGCCGAGGGAACAAAUCCCACACAAAAGUUGCACCCUUUGCAAGGAGGGCACCGAUUGCUGUUCGCGCCGGGGAUGGCGCCUGCAGUUCUCCUCGCGCUUUGAAUUGUUGCGUCCCGCUAUAGA